AUGGACGAACUCAAGUACAGAGGUGUCAAAGUGAUCCACAAGAGCAACAAGGUGGAAGAAUUAGACGAUAACACCACAGAGAAAACCACAACCAUUCCACAAGAUGAUGAUGAUACCAUAAGUUUUAGUUUCUUUGAUAUAAUACGAAUGUUAUUAGGUUUAUUAGUUCUUUUAGUUUCAAUCUCAUGGUGGUUCACAGGGACAGGGACAUUUGGAUACGAAGGAAAAUUAAUUGAUCCACAUUUCUUAAAAUUUCAAAUCUUUGGAUCUUAUUUAAACCUUACAGAUUUAGAAUUAUCAAAAUUUAAUGGUUCAAUUGAAGGAAAACCUAUUUAUAUUGGUAUAAAUGGUACUGUAUUUGAUGUUAGUAGUUCACCAGGGAUCUAUGGACCUGGUGGCUCAUAUAAUUACUUAGCAGGUAAAGAUUGUGCUAGAGCUUAUGCAACAAAUUGUUUAAAUCAAUUAAAUUAUGAUAUUAGAGAUUUAGAACCAAGUGAAAAAAGAAGAUUAAAAGGUUGGUAUGAAUUUUUUGAAAAAAAAUAUUUUAAAGUUGGUGUGGUUAAUCAUGAGCCUUUGGUAGGUCCAGGGCCUGAUAGAUCUGAUUGUCGUGGUAAAAAUCAUUAUUAA